AUGGAACUACUUUCAGGCGCAUUCAAGGCCAAGAUUGACCAACUGAUUACGGCUAUUUCAGCACCGGAAAACAAGGCAUGCCUUAUCGCCACAAUUCCUGCCGCCACCCGCCCGGACGGCUCGCGCGGCAUUCCCCUCAUCGACUCCCUCACAAGACGGUCGGAUGUGGUCUUGUAUGAGACUAUCCACGUUGCACCUUUUGGACCGCCCAGAGACGCCCUCAAUAAGGCCAGCUUUCCUUUCAACCCAACUAACGAGACCCCGUACAACAAAAUUGCCGACACUUUGGCGCCUUGGCUCAAUGAGGUGAUUGGACAAGCAUGGAGAGACGAAACCGUUCCUGAUGACUGGGGCUUAGGCAUCCUUGUGCCUGUCCACAAGAAGGGAGACAAGAAAAAAUGUGAGAACUACCGCGGCAUAAGCAUCAUAGACAUGGCUGCAAAGAUUUUAGCUAUUAUUCUCUUCAGGCGGUUCCAGUCUGUGCGCGACGCCAGGACGCGACCCAACCAGGCCGGAUUUCGUGUUGGGCGUGGAUGUGUGAAUCAGAUAUUCGCACGGAGACGGGUCCUUGAAUUCUGCUAUAGCUACCAACAACCAACGGCCAUCUGCUUUGUUGACUUUGCCGCUGCGUUCGAUUCCGUCCAUCGUGACUCCCUAUGGCAGAUAAUGGCAUUUGAUGGUGUAUCACCAAAACUAAUCGCCAUGAUCAAGGCAUACUACCGCUCCAACACUGCGCGGGUCUUAGUCCACAACAACCUCUCAGGGCCUUUCGCUAUUCGGUCAGGCGUUCGGCAAGGCUUUGUCCUGUCACCUAUCCUCUUUAAGUACGUCAAUGACUGA